AUGUUCAACACGUUCAUGGGCGGUCAGGUUGACGCAAAGUCCCCUGAAGCCAAGUAUCUGCGGCUUGUUGAACGCUUCAAGUCCACGCUGGAGGAAAAUUUGCGGAUGGUCGGAAGCCUGGGCCAAGAUCAGCAGCCCCAUCACAAGGCAGUCGCUGAGAAGCUCGACAAACUUGCCAACCAAGUCACUGAGAUUGAAAAGGCAAAUCUGGACAUGGUCAAGAGAACGCCAAACUGUGGAACUAUCGCUAAAAAGAUGGGGUUCUACGGUAAAAACUCCAUCUUCUUGAAACUGACUCAAGCCCUGCGAAAUGAAAUCCAUACCCUGGGAAAGACCAUCCAGAAAAAUGGACAGACAUUUGGUAAGGGCAAGGGACGUGGAAUGGAUGUAGAUCAGAUGGUGAACAGACUGGGUGAAAUGUCUUACGCGAUCUUUGACGGAAAUCCUCAUAGAGAUCACAAAGAACAGAAGCGUGACAGGCCGCCCAUGCUCGGAAACCAGGCCGGCGGUAACCAGGCCAGCGGUAGCAAGCCUAGGAUGAAUCGGCGCUAG